AUGCUCUCUACCGCAGUUCAGGUCCUUGCCUUCGUCCUGGCCUUGCUGGGCUUGGUGGGUGUCACCGUGGCAACUGUGUUACCAAACUGGAAGGUGUCAAUGACGGGGUGGACGAGCCUCAUGACCCCAAUAUCUCACAUGCAAGGUCUGUGGAUGGACUGCAACUUCUAUAGCUCCGGUGUUUUUAGCUGUACCAUGAAGACUAGCAUGCUAAGCCUUCCUCCAUAUCUCCAAGUGACCCGGAUCGCCAUGGUUUUGUCCAGUCUCAUCACCGGAUUCGGGAUUUGUUUAGCAUCUUUGGGACUAAAAUGUACACAGUGGGGUGGAAGCCGUCGUGCCAAAGCUCAUACAGCAAUUGCAGCGGGCAGUUGUUUUGUUUUGUCCUCCAUUCUGUGUCUAGUACCUGCAUCUUGGUACACGAAAGAAAUAAUAACAGCAUUCUUAACCACAGAUGUUCCCGAAAGUAGCAAGUAUCAGCCAGGGGGUGCUCUCUGCUUAACCUUUGUGUCUGCAGGCUUCCUGUUAGCGUCGGGAGUGGUAUUUUGCCUGUCAUGUCCGAAGAAUACGUCGAAUCGUCCGAGUGGUGAAAGAAAAAUUGAACACCGAAGUAUUCGAGGAACACAGACAGACUGCCCGAACGUGGUAAGGAUUCAGGAACAUGUGGAAAAUCAGGAAAAUGCUAAGGAAUUGGAGUCACAUCCGGAGCAAAAGGAGGUUAAAGACAGUUACAGUCUGAAGGAGUACGUGUGACAAACAGUUAUGAGACAAAAUGCAAAAACAGCGAGGCAAAAAUACAUCGACAUGCAAUGUACACAA